GGAACGAACAUGAAUGAAGAAAAUAUGGAUUAUCUUCUGCGAAGCCGUUUAAAGCCCCCGUGAAUACAGCGCUAUAAAGGGGUACCGGAGUGGCAGAGAGAGGAAGGUUGUCGAACGACUGGUGGAAAUGAAGAGAGGGGGCUGCUGUAUGAUCCUGAGCGGAUGUUUGACCCGGAGAUGUCUCAAGACACUGAGUUGCUUCCCGAUGGGGCGCUGAAUGCUGGCACGGUGGAAAAACCUGUCCAGAGUCUUGGAUUAGAGUUGAUGGGUGGCCCGGUGCUGUCUACGGAUCCUUCAUUGGCUCCUGACCAGGCGGAGGGACUAAUUCCACAUCCUGAUUUGGCGCUGUCUGACGAGGGAGCAGGGUCUUCAGAGGUUGUGGGAGGUUCCGGUGGGUUGCCUAAUCUGAUUGUGCAGGUGGAUUCCUCGGGUGCUUCUGUUCUGGGGACGACUCCUAGGCUGAAGACAGAUGUGUCGACUAUCGGUGGGACAUCUGAAACAGAUCAUGGAUUUGGGGGAGGAAGGAUGCCCCGGGCUAAGAAGUUACCCACUCGAUUGUUGGAUUAUGAACUUGCCCUUUGACUCGGGGACGAGUCUUCUCUGUUAAGGGGGGGUAGUGUGAUGUAAGGGAGUACGGUGGAGGUGUCUUUGAGUUAAUGAGGGGUGGGGACUAAGGUAAUUGAAGUGUACAGGUGAUGCGGAUUAAAAGGCUGAUAAAAAGACUGUUGGAGAGGCUGCUUGUCGUUCGGGAGCUCGAGUGUGGGUGACACGCUAAACGGCCGCUCGAGAUAAAUAGUGUCUCCGGCGGUGAAGAUAGGUAGCCAGAUAGAGGGGGAGUUAAUAGAGCUAGUCAGUGAGGGCCUUCUUUAGUGGUUAGGAGAGCUCCUGAAACCUGGAUUAUAGCUGACAACGUGCUAGUGCUACUGCAUACCUUGUGCUGGUGCCACUUAAACUGGGAUUAUAGCUGGCAACGUGCUAGUGCUGCCGCCUACCCUGUGGUGGUGCGUCUGAACCCUGGACUACUGUCUGACCCCGUGAGAGAUCGAACUCUGUGUCUGAACCCUGGACUACUGUCUGACCCCGUGAGAGAUCAAACUCGGUGUCUGAACCCUGGACUACUGCCUGACCCCGUGAGAGAUCGAACUCUGUGUCUCCGGUGAUCGCCGUUGGUUGGGAGAUUGAAGCAAGCCUUGACUAAAGGGGGGUAAUGUGCCGUACUGGAGUGUGUUUAUGUUUUUAAUGCAAUAAAGCUAUCAUACUUGUCCCUGUGGUGUUCGGUCUCUGCCUUAAAUUUGCCUGGGUGUUACAGUACACUCAACGUCUUCAGGGCUGUAAACGCGCGAGACUCUUCAAAUAACCCAGCGGUGAGCAGAAACAACCCAGCACAUUAACCCAGCGGGUUUAACCCAACACCUUGAAAACUAAAACUACCCAAAAAGUGUUUAACAUGUGGAAAAAUAACCCAGCAAAACAACCCAACGGACUCAACCCAGCGGUAUGGGUUAAAAAAUAACCCAGCCAUUUUUAGAUUGUAGCAAAUGUUUUUUAGGCCCUACUUUGGUUUAUGGAGUGUCCAACAACAAGUUUAUGUACAUACAAUGUGUUUAAACACUAUAAUCUCGUAAUAAUAGGCAGUUAUUCGUACCUUACUUCUUGACUGACUCUCAAAUGACGAGAGUCACGUUCCGCGAUAAAUCUGUCUAGGCCCCGCUUACCCACUAACCUUGUGUCAUGUGAUUUGUCAGAUGUAAUUGGUCAAAUGCGUUCAUCAUUUGUCGCAAUUGGAACCCCACUACCACCAUUACAGGAAUACGGUUUACAUGUGGUUGGAUGUCAUGUAUAUUAUAUGUGUAGCUAGAGAUGGCUGCGAUUUUACCCUACCAAUUUGAGCCCGAGUCUGAAGAUGAAGAAGACGCUAAUCCACAACAAACUCCACCACGACUGGAGCAGGAUGUCUGUCAGUGGCAAGUGACAACUCUUGUCAUAAAAACUUCCAGUGUGACAAGAUGCAUGUUGUGCUUUUUCUCAUCAAUGAAAUACAUUUUUUUUCUUAAAAUACUGUUAAUACGUUAGUAAUACUAUUAUUUCGUCGUAACUGUGCGUUCUCAUGGUACAUAGAGCAUUUCAGACAUAAGUUCUCGCGUCAGUCUCAGCAAAACGUAGGCGGGGACUAUGUAUAUCGACGUAGAUACGCGGUUGUACUAGUCCAUGUCUCGUUUGUGUGAUUCAGAGUCGACUCCCAUUUUUACAAGCAAAUAACUUUACUUACAACUUGGGAGAGCUUACUUUCAAACACGUCAACAUAACAGACUGCAUGAAAUUUCAUUUUCACGAUCUCAUGCUACUUACUCUUUAAAAAAAGUUGCCAGCCUACGCCAGCGUUUCUUAAAAUUUUCACCAAACUUUAAUGCCUUUGGACGUUUUUUCAGCUUCAAUGGCGGUGAAAGAGUUACAGACUAUUUUGGAGUUGGGUGAGGGUGCAUGCAGUCUUCCUACUUUUUUGUCCUGGGCUGAUCACAUGCCUGAUGAAACACAUUUAAUACUCAGUAGUACACACAUAUGGUUCUUUAAUGUAUUUGCAUUGUACUAAAAUGCGUUCAUUUUCAAUAUUGCAGAAGGCUAUGAUUCAACGUUGCAAACUCAGUCAUCACAUAUUCCGCUCCAUGAACAGGGAUCUAAUAUUUCUGUAUAAAUACGGAUUUCCAUAUUUUCUGACCUCACUCGGAUCCCCUGCCUGAAUUGCAUAAACUCAAUUCAUUUUCAUUCGUGACGGGAUUGGGGGGUUGAGGGUUUGUGCGCAGAGUCAUCAUGCAGUCAUCAUACGUCCAAAAGGAUCCUUUCUACGCUCUCUACAUCAUGCACACGCUUGAUAUAAAUCCAGAGCGAUAUCUUCAUUCAGAAAACUUACAUACAUUCAGAACCUAUCUUUAUGUAUGACAUUUUUUAUUAGCAGUCGAUUAUUGUCAAAUUUGAAAUUCGACAUUAGCGAAAUGUUAUCUGAGCUUAAAGUUAAUUGUGCAAGGUAUGGUUUUUGUCAUUAUCAGUCGUUUAUUGAUAAUAUUGUAGUGACCUAGUAAUUUACUAAUUAUGGCAAAUUUGCAAUGUUUGCUAUGGCUGUCACGGUUGUUCUCUGUUUUGUUUUGUAUUUUCCUCCCAUGGUUUAUUUCAUUAUUAGUUAAUUAGUUUUCACACGUGUCUUAUGAUUAGUUUAUCCCCAGCACCUGUUCAUCCCUCGUUAUAUGUUGUAUUUAAGUUCUCCCCUAGAGUCUAUUCCUUGUCAGUUAUUGUUUAAUGUUAAUGUGUGUUUGGUUCGUGGUUCCUGUCUUUCCUUUGGAUUGUAUAUUAAAUAUAUCUUAUUUUUCUUUUUGUUUGGACAUUCUCUUCUGCCCGCCACACGUGACAAUGGCUAAAUACAUGCCAUGGUUUGCUUGCCAGCAGUAGGCUAUGAUUCAAAUCAGUUAUCAUAUCUUCUGCUCCAUGAACAGGGAUGUGAUGUUUCUGUAAAAACACCUGAAACAGGUAGCCAAGUGCAUCUCAAAUUUUUUAACAUUAACAUUUUAAUUUAAAAUUAUAGUCAUUAUGGCCUUUAGAAAAAUGUGUUUUUGAGGAGGUGGGGUAGUACACAAAAGGCCCCUGUGGCGCGGCCUAAGCCUUUGUUCUUAAUGGCAUUUUUUCCUUACAUUACUUUUAUGCAUUAAGUAGUUUUGAAACUAGUACUUUUACCCUUUUACUUAAGUAAAAAGCUUAAGUUGAUACUUCAACUUCUACCAAAGUCUUUUUAAAACCUCGUAUCUAUACUUCUACUUGAGCAAUGAAUGUGAAUACUUUGAAACCUCUGUCCAUAGCUCAGUGUCUGCUGAAUUAAUCUCUGGCAAUGACUAAUCAUUUUAGUCAUUGCACAUAUUCUCCAUGGCCCAGCUUCAAACACUACACUACAUUUAACUUAAUCACAUCCUUCAAUUUUUUUGUUAAAUGUUGUCCUCGAGCAAAUUAGCCAUUGUUGAUAGUAAAUGCAUUGGACUGUGUAAAACAGAUUAUUUCUAACAAAUAUGAUAACUUUCUCACUCAAAAGGCACACAUUUUAUACACCAAAUUAAUUAAUUCAUUAAAGGCACUAAAAAUGAUCUUAAAAUACUUUUCAAAGUGAGUGUAUUCAUGGGUUAUUGAGAGUUUAAAAUUGUGCAUACAGUGCGGUCAGAGAGAACUUCAUUUACUUCCUCUGCUUGGUGUGGUUAAGACUUUUCCUCUUCUUAUAAAACGGCAGCAGUGGAGCUCAUUUGUGUUUUAUGAAAAUUACAACAUGAAAAUCUUGCAGCUUCAGAUUUAUCUCUUCAUAUGGUGUCAAGCUUCAGAGACUUUAGAUCAACUAACUGAUUUGGGACAAAAUGUGACUAUAAACUGUGAUCUGGAUGAAGGAGACAUUUAUUGGUUAUUACUGAAAGUACCAGAUCCUCCUGUGAUGAUAUUACGCACUUUAUCAACAACAUCUUUAUUCUUCAACACAACAUUCAGACAGAAAUAUUCAGUACAAAAUAAAACUCAUCUGUUUAUAAAUAACAUCACUGUUAAUGAAUUAGGAGUUUAUUACUGUAUGAAGACAGAUACACCUCCAAAAUUCAGCAGUGGCAUUAGACUUCAGAUAAAUGAGACAACAGAAAGUCCAAAUGAAGAGAUCAGAUAUAAACAUCAGAAUCAUACAGAAGUGAAACAUAUUCAACAGAAUCAGACACUAUGGCAGACUCUUACACUUAUAUUCGGUCUGCUAAGUGGGGCUUUGUUCAUUGUUAUAAUGGGGUUGUUAAAAGUUUUUGUGGUUGGAAAUAAAAGAUUUGGAGAAUGUUUACAACGUAACACCGACCUACAGCAGACCCAAGUGCAUGAAGACCCAGACCAACUACAGUAUGCAGAAGUGGACUUUUUAAAAGUGCGUAAAAAGUCUCGACCCAGAAAAGCCGACAGCACCUAUGCUGCUCUAAAUCUGCCAAAACUACGAACACAACAGUAGGAGUAACCAAACACAUAUCUCACAGCUUACAACUAUUUGUUUUUCAUUGUUUUAAGACAUUAUAACAAACUUUGAAAUUCAUGGAACAACCAGCACUAUGUAAAAUAGUCUGCAUCUAACAUGAGUUGUACCCUUAAAUCUGACUUAAUGAAUGCAAAACAAAUUCCCAGUUGUCGAGUAUUCUUAAGUAUCUUAAAAUCUUCAUUUCAAUUAACAGAUCAUACAUGUAUAUGUUAAGAACCACUUUGAAAGGCCUGCUUAUUUCACUUCCUCCUGGAAAAUCUUGUGCAAUAAACAUAUAAUUAGAUGUGACUGCUUGAAACCAGUUCUAACUGUAAAUAUAGUGUAUUCUUUUUUCUUGUUACAAUUUUCUUUUGUUUUACUGCCUAGCAUGACCAGUGCAUUUGUGAUAAAAAUGGUUCAUCUUCUUAUUUAUCAGAAGAAAAUGUAUGUGGUGUUAUGAUGGACAUUGAAAACUGUGAGAAUUUUUUUUAAUGUGAGUUUAACUUCCUCUCUUUGAUCUGACUGUAAUGUUCUCAUGAAACAAGCUUUGAAGAAAACGCAAUCAGUAAAACACAGGACUUUUCUUCAACUUACAUAAUAAUGCAUUAUAAUGUGUAUUUGGGAGUUACAAAGUGAGGCAACUGCUUAUAUUUUUCUGUAUUCCAGCUAUUUUCAUAACUCUUAGAGCUAAAUUUACUUUUUGUGAAUACAAAACUUUGGACCAGGGUUCCCUAAAUCUUAAACUGCAGAGUUUAGCUCCAGCCCUGAUCAAACACACUUGAGCAAGCUAAUCAAGGUGUUCAGGAUCACUAGAAAAUCACAGGUAGGGAAGUUUGAUCAGGGUUGGAGGUAAACUCUGCAGUGCUCUGGACCUCCAGGGUAAGAUUUGAGGAACCCUGAUAUAGACAAACAAGCUUGUAAAAUGUAAUGCUAUUUUUACAUGUAACAUGGUGAAAUCCAAUUCUAUUUAUAACUGUACAUGUUAAUUGAGUGGUUUAUGUGAAUAAACUGGUAAAAAUAAACAAUUCAAAUCA